AUGCCACCUGGCCGGGCACCCACCGUGUCCCUGCAGCUGCCCCAUGGAGAAGACCCCAUGGGGCAGCCAGGAGGAGACGAUGGGACGGGGCCGUGGAGAAUUCAUACUGGUGAGAAACCUUAUAAGUGUGAUGACUGUGGAAAAGCAUUGAUCCAAAAUUCAUCUCUUACUGAACAUCAGAGAACUCAUACUGGAGAAAAACCCUAUAAAUGUAAAGUUUGUGGAAAAGCAUUCACUGUAAAUUCAUCACUUGUUCAACAUCUGAGAAUUCAUACUGGGGAGAAACCUUAUAAAUGUAAUGAAUGUGGGAAAGCCUUCAGUGACUACUCAUCCUUUAUUCAACAUCAAAGAAUUCACAGUGGAGAGAAACCCUAUGAAUGUAUUAACUGUUGGAAGUCUUUCACUGAUAUCUCAACUCUCACACAACAUCAGAGAAUUCACACUGCAGUGAAACCCUAUAAGUCCUUUAACUGUAAUGAAUGUGGAAAAGCAUUCAGUGCCCACUCAACCUUCACACAACACCAAAGGAUUCACACUGGAGAAAAACCCUAUACAUGCAGUGAAUGUGGGAAGGGCUUCCCUGAAAACUCAUCCCUUACUAAACAUCAUCGAAUUCAUACUGGAGAGAAACCUUAUGAAUGUAGUGAAUGUGGUAAAGCUUUUAGCCAGAGCACUUACCUUAUUCAACAUCAGAGACUUCAUACUGGAGAGAAACACUUUAAAUGUGAUAAAUGUGGAAAAACAUUUAGUAACAGUUCAAUCCUGAUCAGACAUCAGCAGCUUCACACUUCAGAGUCAUCCUAA